AUGGAUGCUAAAGUUGACAGAUGCCUGUUUAGAGACAUGCCCAGGUUUGUGAUGUGGUACGUCACGUUCCGGGUCACAUGGGACGCCCCUAAACCGGAAGUACGAUGGCAACCAAUAGGAAUUACUCUAGAAAGGAGGCACGUCAGUCUGACGAAGAGAUUGGAUAACGAGAUGAUUAGUGUACCAAUCAAGAAGAAGGCUACGGUAUUUGAAUCUCCACAAGCAGCAAACACAUUACCGAUUGAAAAAGCUGUCACAGUACAGCGAAACGCGUCUCGGCUGGAAGAUAGGAAUAUCCAUUCAUUUUUUAUUAUAUUUAUAUAA